AUGGCUGGGAGGAAUGAUGCUGCAAUUACUGUUGCUUUGGAAGCAAUGGCUCAAGCUUUGGAACAUCAGCCGAAUGUUGGUGAGAAUGUUGUUUCUCGCAAUUUGGCUACGUUUCAAAGGGAGAAUCCACCUGUUUUCAAGGGCACUCAUGUUCCUAAUGACGCAUUGACACGGCUAAAGGAGACUGAGAGAAUCUUCUGUGUGAUGGAUUACACUCCAGAUCAUAAGGUUCGGGAGUUCUUGGGGAAGUACUUUCCUGAGGACGUUCGUGGCAAGAAGGAAAUCGAAUUCCUUGAGUUGAGGCAAGGGAAUAAAUUGGUUGUGGAGUAUGCUGCUAAUUGUCGGAUCUAUGAAGAAGACAACAACGCUCAUUAUGGGGUUAUUAAUGAGAAGUGGGGCAAGAGUCAACAAGGCCGUGGCAAGCCUUAUGAUGCUCCAGUUGGCAAGGGUAAGCAGAAAGCCUAUGAGGGUAAGAGAACUACUGGGGGAGAUGCUCCUGCUGGAGGUGUGCUUAUGCAAAAUGAUAAAGUUAUUUCUUAUGCGUCGAGACAGUUGGGAGUUCAUGAGAAAAACUAUUCUACGCAUGAUUUAGAACUUGCUGUUGUUGUGUUUGCAUUGAAGAUUUAG